CAGCCAUCUCACCCACCUAUUUGAGGAUUACGCUGAUGGCGAAAGAGAACAAAUCAAAGAAUGAGAGGAAGUUGGAGCAGAGCCACUAGAAGUUGGGGGUCUUGCUAUGUUGCCAAGGCUGGUCUCAAGUGAUCCUGCUGCUUUGGCCUUCCAAAGUGUUAAGAUUACUAAAGAAGAAACAACACAAUCAUAUUAAUAGAAGAGUCUUCGUUCCAGACGCAGUCCAGGAAUCAUGCUGGAGAAGUUCUGCAACUCUACUUUUUGGAAUUCCUCAUUCCUGGACAGUCCGGAGGCAGACCUGCCACUUUGUUUUGAGCAAACUGUUCUGGUGUGGAUUCCCUUGGGCUUCCUAUGGCUCCUGGCCCCCUGGCAGCUUCUCCACGUGUAUAAAUCCAGGACCAAGAGAUCCUCUACCACCAAACUCUAUCUUGCUAAGCAGGUAUUCGUUGGUUUUCUUCUUAUUCUAGCAGCCAUAGAGCUGGCCCUUGUACUCACAGAAGACUCUGGACAAGCCACAGUCCCUGCUGUUCGAUAUACCAAUCCAAGCCUCUACCUAGGCACAUGGCUCCUGGUUUUGCUGAUCCAAUACAGCAGACAAUGGUGUGUACAGAAAAACUCCUGGUUCCUGUCCCUAUUCUGGAUUCUCUCGAUACUCUGUGGCACUUUCCAAUUUCAGACUCUGAUCCGGACACUCUUACAGGGUGACAAUUCUAAUCUAGCCUACUCCUGCCUGUUCUUCAUCUCCUACGGAUUCCAGAUCCUGAUCCUGAUCUUUUCAGCAUUUUCAGAAAAUAAUGAGUCAUCAAAUAAUCCAUCAUCCAUAGCUUCAUUCCUGAGUAGCAUUACCUACAGCUGGUAUGACAGCAUCAUUCUGAAAGGCUACAAGCGUCCUCUGACACUCGAGGAUAUCUGGGAAGUUGAUGAAGAGAUGAAAACCAAGACAUUAGUGAGCAAGUUUGAAACGCACAUGAAGAGAGAGCUGCAGAAAGCCAGGCGGGCACUCCAGAGACGGCAGCAGAAGAGCUCCCAGCAGAACUCUGGAGCCAGGCUGCCUGGCUUGAACAAGAAUCAGAGUCAAAGCCAAGAUGCCCUUGUCCUGGAAGAUGUUAAAAAGAAAAAAAAGAAGUCUGGGACCAAAAAAGAUGUUCCAAAGUCCUGGUUGAUCAAGGCUCUGUUCAAAACUUUCUACAUGGUGCUCCUGAAAUCAUUCCUACUGAAGCUAGUGAAUGACAUCUUCACGUUUGUGAGUCCUCAGCUGCUGAAAUUGCUGAUCUCCUUUGCAAGUGACCGUGACACAUAUUUGUGGAUUGGAUAUCUCUGUGCAAUCCUCUUAUUCGCUGCGGCUCUCAUUCAGUCUUUCUGCCUUCAGUGUUAUUUCCAACUGUGCUUCAAGCUGGGUGUAAAAGUACGGACAGCUAUCAUGGCUUCUGUAUAUAAGAAGGCAUUGACCCUAUCCAACUUGGCCAGGAAGGAGUACACCGUUGGAGAAACAGUGAACCUGAUGUCUGUGGAUGCCCAGAAGCUCAUGGAUGUGACCAACUUCAUGCACAUGCUGUGGUCAAGCGUUCUACAGAUUGUCUUAUCUAUCUUCUUCCUAUGGAGAGAGUUGGGACCCUCAGUCUUAGCAGGUGUUGGGGUGAUGGUGCUUGUAAUCCCAAUUAAUGCGAUACUGUCCACCAAGAGUAAGACCAUUCAGGUCAAAAAUAUGAAGAAUAAAGACAAACGUUUAAAGAUCAUGAAUGAGAUUCUUAGUGGAAUCAAGAUCCUGAAAUAUUUUGCCUGGGAACCUUCAUUCAGAGACCAAGUACAAAACCUCCGGAAGAAAGAGCUCAAGAACCUGCUGGCCUUUAGUCAACUACAGUGUGUAGUAAUAUUCGUCUUCCAGUUAACUCCAGUCCUGGUAUCUGUGGUCACAUUUUCUGUUUAUGUCCUGGUGGAUAGCAACAAUAUUUUGGAUGCACAAAAGGCCUUCACCUCCAUUACCCUCUUCAAUAUCCUGCGCUUUCCCCUGAGCAUGCUUCCCAUGAUGAUCUCCUCCAUGCUCCAGGCCAGUGUUUCCACAGAGCGGCUAGAGAAGUACUUGGGAGGGGAUGACUUGGACACAUCUGCCAUUCGACAUGACGGCAAUUUUGACAAAGCCGUGCAGUUUUCUGAGGCCUCCUUUACCUGGGAACAUGAUUCGGAAGCCACAAUCCGAGAUGUGAACCUGGACAUUAUGGCAGGCCAACUUGUGGCUGUGAUAGGCCCUGUCGGCUCUGGGAAAUCCUCCUUGAUAUCAGCCAUGCUGGGAGAAAUGGAAAAUGUCCACGGGCACAUCACCAUCAAGGGCACCACUGCCUAUGUCCCACAGCAGUCCUGGAUUCAGAAUGGCACCAUAAAGGACAACAUCCUUUUUGGAACAGAGUUUAAUGAAAAGAGGUACCAGCAAGUACUGGAGGCCUGUGCUCUCCUCCCAGACUUGGAAAUGCUGCCUGGAGGAGAUUUGGCUGAGAUUGGAGAGAAGGGUAUAAAUCUUAGUGGGGGUCAGAAGCAGCGGAUCAGCCUGGCCAGAGCUACCUACCAAAAUUUAGACAUCUAUCUUCUAGAUGACCCCCUGUCUGCGGUGGAUGCUCAUGUAGGAAAACAUAUUUUUAAUAAGGUCUUGGGCCCCAAUGGCCUGUUGAAAGGCAAGACUCGACUCUUGGUUACACAUAGCAUGCACUUUCUUCCUCAAGUGGAUGAGAUUGUAGUUCUGGGGAAUGGCACAAUUGUAGAGAAAGGAUCCUACAGUGCUCUCCUGGCCAAAAAAGGAGAGUUUGCUAAGAAUCUGAAGACAUUUCUAAGGCAUACAGGCCCUGAAGAGGAAGCCACAGUCCAUGAUGGCAGUGAAGAAGAAGACGAUGACUAUGGGCUGAUAUCCAGUGUGGAAGAGAUCCCCGAAGAUGCAGCCUCCAUAACCAUGAGAAGAGAGAACAGCUUUCGUCGAACGCUUAGCCGCAGUUCUAGGUCCAGUGGCAGGCAUCUGAAGUCCCUGAGAAACUCCUUGAAAACUCGGAAUGUGAAUAGCCUGAAGGAAGACGAAGAACUAGUGAAAGGACAAAAACUAAUUAAGAAGGAAUUCAUAGAAACUGGAAAGGUGAAGUUCUCCAUCUACCUGGAGUACCUACAAGCAAUAGGAUUGUUUUCGAUAUUCUUCAUCAUCCUUGCGUUUGUGAUGAAUUCUGUGGCUUUUAUUGGAUCCAACCUCUGGCUCAGUGCUUGGACCAGUGACUCUAAAAUCUUCAAUAGCACCGACUAUCCAGCAUCUCAGAGGGACAUGAGAGUUGGAGUCUACGGAGCUCUGGGAUUAGCCCAAGGUAUAUUUGUGUUCAUAGCACAUUUCUGGAGUGCCUUUGGUUUCGUCCAUGCAUCAAAUAUCUUGCACAAGCAACUGCUGAACAAUAUCCUUCGAGCACCUAUGAGAUUUUUUGACACAACACCCACAGGCCGGAUCGUGAACAGGUUUGCCGGCGAUAUUUCCACAGUGGAUGACACCCUGCCUCAGUCCUUGCGCAGCUGGAUUACAUGCUUCCUGGGGAUAAUCAGCACCCUUGUCAUGAUCUGCAUGGCCACUCCUGUCUUCACCAUCAUCGUCAUUCCUCUUGGCAUUAUUUAUGUAUCUGUUCAGAUGUUUUAUGUGUCUACCUCUCGCCAGCUGAGGCGUCUGGACUCUGUCACCAGGUCCCCAAUCUACUCUCACUUCAGCGAGACCGUAUCAGGUUUGCCAGUUAUCCGUGCCUUUGAGCACCAGCAGCGAUUUCUGAAACACAAUGAGGUGAGGAUUGACACCAACCAGAAAUGUGUCUUUUCCUGGAUCACCUCCAACAGGUGGCUUGCAAUUCGCCUGGAGCUGGUUGGGAACCUGAUUGUCUUCUUUUCAGCCUUGAUGAUGGUUAUUUAUAGAGAUACCCUAAGUGGGGACACUGUUGGCUUUGUUCUGUCCAAUGCACUCAAUAUCACACAAACCCUGAACUGGCUGGUGAGGAUGACAUCAGAAAUAGAGACCAACAUUGUGGCUGUUGAGCGAAUAACUGAGUACACAAAAGUGGAAAAUGAGGCACCCUGGGUGACUGAUAAGAGGCCUCCGCCAGAUUGGCCCAGCAAAGGCAAGAUCCAGUUUAACAACUACCAAGUGCGGUACCGACCUGAGCUGGAUCUGGUCCUCAGAGGGAUCACUUGUGACAUCGGUAGCAUGGAGAAGAUUGGUGUGGUGGGCAGGACAGGAGCUGGAAAGUCAUCCCUCACAAACUGCCUCUUCAGAAUCUUAGAGGCUGCCGGUGGUCAGAUUAUCAUUGAUGGAGUAGAUAUUGCUUCCAUUGGGCUCCACGACCUCCGAGAGAAGCUGACCAUCAUCCCCCAGGACCCCAUCCUGUUCUCUGGAAGCCUGAGGAUGAAUCUCGACCCUUUCAACAACUACUCAGAUGAGGAGAUUUGGAAGGCCCUGGAGCUGGCUCACCUCAAGUCUUUUGUGGCCAGCCUGCAACUUGGGUUAUCCCACGAAGUGACAGAGGCUGGUGGCAACCUGAGCAUAGGCCAGAGGCAGCUGCUGUGCCUGGGCAGGGCUCUGCUUCGGAAAUCCAAGAUCCUGGUCCUGGAUGAGGCCACUGCUGCGGUGGAUCUAGAGACAGACAACCUCAUUCAGACGACCAUCCAAAACGAGUUCGCCCACUGCACAGUGAUCACCAUCGCCCACAGGCUGCACACCAUCAUGGACAGUGACAAGGUAAUGGUCCUAGACAACGGGAAGAUUAUAGAGUACGGCAGCCCUGAAGAACUGCUACAAAUCCCUGGACCCUUUUACUUUAUGGCUAAGGAAGCUGGCAUUGAGAAUGUGAACAGCACAAAAUUCUAGCAGAAGGCCCCAUGGGUUAGAAAAGGACUAUAAGAAUAAUUUCUUAUUUAAUUUUAUUUUUUAUAAAAUACAGAAUACAUACAAAAGUGUGUAUAAAAUGUACGUUUUAAAAAAGGAUAAGUGAGCACCCAUGAACCUACUACCCAGGUUAAGAAAAUAAAUAUCACCAGGUACUUGAGAAACCCCUCGAUUGUCUACCUCGAUCGUACUUCCUUGCUACCCACCCCUCCCAGGGACAACCACUGUCCUGAAUUUCACGAUAAUUAUUCCUUUGCCUUUCAUUUCCGUUUUAUCACCUUUGUAUGUAUCUUUAAACAACAUAUACCCUUUUUUACUUAUGUAAAUGGACUGACUCAUACUGCAUACAUCUUCUAUGACUUGAUUCUUUUGUUCAAUAUUAUAUCUGAGAUUCAUCCAUGGUGAUGCAAAUAGGUGCAUUAUUUUUUUUCACUGCUCUGUAGUCUGGCAUUGUAUGAAUACAGCACAAUGUAUCAGUUUUAAUAUUGGGGAUCAUUAGCAUUAUUCUCAGGUUUUUAAAAAUUAUAAGCAGUACUACUAUGGACAUUCUGGUCUACAUCUCCUGGCACAUAUGUAAGAGUUUCUCUAGGGUAUAACCUAGGAAUGGAGGGUAUGAACAUGUUUACAUGCACAAACUAGCUGAUGCCAAACUGGUAAUGCCAACUGAAAACAUUGCUGUCAAUCUGAUGAAUAUGAAUUGAUGUAUCAUUGAGAAUUUCAUUUGCAUUUCACUAGUAUCUAUUGGGGAUGAAUAUAUUUUCAUGUUUCUGGGGCAUUUGCAUUUCCAAUUGUUUUUUAAAUAUUGUGUGUGAUAAUUCCAAUGUCUGGAUUCUUUGUUUAUCUGUUGUUUCUGUUGGUUUUUACUCAUGGUAUUUUAUUUCCUUGUAUGUCUUGUGAAUUUUUAUUAUAAGCUCGUUCUCCUUAAAACUUUAUCUGUGGACAUUC